UACUGUAUAUGAUGACUUCGGUGGGCAGUGAACGUACUCGGGGCACUCGAGAAAAAACACAGAUUCCAGCCACGCAACUGACACAACCCCAGAAACCAGUAGUCCAGGCCACAGCCGAGCAGAUUCGCCUGGCCCAAAUGAUAUAUGAUAAGAACGACAGAGACUUUGAGGAUAAAGUGAAACAAUUGAUGGAAGUGACUGGGAAGAAUCAGGAUGACUGCAUCGUAGCUCUGCACGAUUGUAAUGGUGACGUGAACAGAGCAAUCAACCUCUUGCUGGAAGGAAGCUCAGAUACAGUAAGUGCUCAAUUUAGAGUCUUUGAUUACAAUACGGACUGGCCCCACAAUACUAAUCUACUGGGACAAACUCAGUUUCACGAUGCCUUUAUUUUCUGCAACGAAGACUUCAUCCGAGGAAGAAGCCAGAGGACACAAUCUCUGUGCUUUUCCCUGAGAUUUGGACGAGCCAGAGGAAGAGGAACUGGGAGAUUUUCAGCCCAAGGCAUGGGGACAUUUAACCCUGCAGAUUACACUGAUUCCUCUGGCGCCGAUGGCUUUGGAGCAAAACAGGAGUCUUGGGAACUGGGAGAAAACGAUGCAGCUGAUGGAAAAGGAACAUGGAAGAAUUCGGUAGAAGAAUGGACGGCCGAAGACUGGAACGAAGACCUUUCAGAAACAAAGGUCUUCACGGCUUCAUCAGUUCCAGCUGAGAACCACGUCGUUUCUGGCCAAAGCAUUGACCUGGUGACGCUGCUCCAGAAUCCUGGUGGCCCGAAUCAAGACCUGGAGGCCACCUCCUUUGAUGCUUCUCAGCAGCAGAACUUUGGCCAGGCGCUCAUCUUCACCAAUUCCCAGCACAAUCCUCAAAUGGCCUUGGGAACAAGCAAUCCAAGCACUGUGAACACUUACUCUGCACAAAGCCUGUCUUCAGUGCUCAGUUCUGGAAUCAGAGAACUCAGCUCUUCAAAGUUAGCCAACUCCACUGGUUCUCAGAUUUUGGAGCCUCUGAAAUCUCCAGGUUUGGGCCAGUUCGCCUCACAGGGUCCUCUCAACACAACCUCUCCAGUGUCCACAACGCCAACCUCAUCCUGGGAUGUCAAACCUUCGACUUCACAGCCGUCGAUCCUCAGCCAUUUUG